UUGGUGUUUGGUACGAGAUCAUGAUGUAUUCAAAAACCCCUUUAGCAAAGAACAAAGAAUGGCAAGACGUGACUCAUACUUAUUCCAUUUCAAAAGGCAACAAUAUAAGUGUUGUAACAGCAUACAGAGAUCCUCGGAGUUUGGGGACUUGUUCCACGUUCCAGUCAACAUUGAUCCCUACCAGAAGUCCUGGAAAGCUACUGUUCGAUGAACAAAACACAAAUGAGACGGUUAACUACUGGGUGAUGAAUACCGAUUAUGUGAAUUAUGCCUUAGUCUAUGGCUUUAAGGAUGAGAACACAAAUGGAACUACAAAGGUAGCCAAGUCAUGGGUUUGGAGCAGAAAGCCAUCUUUAGCGCCAUCCUUCUUAAAGAACAUCAAUACUCAGCUGCAAAACCUGUGCUUGAACAAGACUCCUGUUUCUCGUACUUUGCAAAAGAGAGGUUGUCUAAAUUCUGCUGCAUCUUCACUGAACGUACCUGCAAAACUCGUGGGAUGUGGUGUAAUUUUCAUUUACCUCUUUAAAUUUACACGAUCAUAAUUUCUCUAGUGGAAAUAAACUUAAAAGAAUAAGAGUU